CGGGGCGUGACGGGGCGGGGAUCGCGAGCGGACCGGGUCUUUUCGCCGAGCUACGCGAGGCCCAGACGAGCGGGCUAACCAUUUUGAGAUGAGGAAGGUGGAUCUCUGCUCAGGCACUGAAGGGGCAGAAGUGAUUCUGGCCACGUCGAGUGACGAAAAGCAUCCUCCUGAGAACAUCAUCGAUGGGAAUCCAGAAACCUUUUGGACCACCACAGGCAUGUUUCCCCAGGAGUUCAUUAUUUGUUUUCACAAACAUGUAAAGAUUGAAAAGCUUGUGAUACAAAGUUACUUGGUGCGGACUUUGAGGAUUGAAAAGACCACAUCUAAAGAGCCAUUGGAUUUUGAGCAGUGGGUUGAAAAAGAUUUAAUACACACAGAGGGGCAGCUUCAAAAUGAAGAAAUCGUGGCACGAGAUGGCUACGCCACUUUCUUGAGAUUCAUUAUCGUCUCAGCAUUUGAUCAUUUUGCAUCUGUGCACAGCAUUUCUGCAGAGGGACUAACAGUCUCAAGUCUUCCUUAGUAAUUACAACAAAUUGCUCUGAACUACUUUUAAAAUAUAUUUAUUGAAGUUCAAAGCUAUCUUUGAUAUGUUUACUAUUAAAUAGGUUUGUAUCA